AUGGAUGGCAACAAUCAGAUCUUGCAUAUUGGUUAUGGAAUUUGCCCAAAAGAGACUACGGAUUCUUGGACAUGGUUUCUUGAAAAACUACAUGAAUGUAUUGGUGAUGUGGAAGGUCUGAUAAUGGUCACAGGUAGGGCACCCUCAAUUGCUAUAAGUAUUCAAAAUCUGGUAAGAGCUUACAAAACCACUGAGUUUGAAUUCUAUUGGCGGAGACUUCGUAAUAUAAGAGAUGAUGUAGCGACAUAUCUCAGUCAAAUUCCACGUGAGAAAUGGACCAGAGCGUAUUGCCCUACCACAAAGUAUGAUUAUAUGACCUCAAAUAGUGCGGAGUCCAUGAAUGUUGUAUCAAAUAAAGCAAGGAAGUUGCAUAUAUUACCACUUCUUGAGUUCUUUCGCACACUUAUGCAGAAAUGGUUUUACAAACGGUGGAUGGUUGCAGAAAAAAGUACAACAAUACUUACGAAGUGGACUGAAGAUAUGGUUAAAAAAAUAAAUAUGGGUUUCAAGGAUGGUCAGUAUCCGGUGUUGACAAUACAACGUAUCAAGUGCAUGACUUCAAAAGUGGCGGCAUAGUGAAUUUGAGGGAAAACACUUGUUCUUGCAGAUAUUGGCAACUAACUGGUUUGCCAUGUGGUCAUGUG